AUGACUUUACAUUACAUUCUCAUAUCAUGGAUUGGAGUUUUUCUAAUGGAGAUUAAUGGGCAGAGUCACUACUUCGACUUUGCGAAACUGAAAGAAUAUGUGCAGGGACGUAAACAUAUCCAGUUAAAGGGCCAGAUGGGUUAUAAUUCUCAAAAUAUAGUGAUUCAGUAAGACUUCAAGGUUCCAACAAUUUUUUGCUUUAAACGCCAUUUUAACUUGGGUUAUGGAUAAAAAUUCAUGAUUUUGGAAAAGAUGCAAUUCUUGAUCAAACCAUUAUAAGUUAACGAAGCAUUAUAUCAAACUACGUUAUAACCUUUGACAUUUAAAUUAACUGCUAAUUUAACUAACUCUGUUGCUCCUAUAAAUAUUAAUGAGAUUACGAAAAUAUUUGCCCUACCAAUAUCUUUUCAAAUAAAGGCUGGUUGGCUGUUUGUAUCAUUAUUGAAUAAAUAAGAAAGUACGAAUUUAAAUUUCGAGCUUAGAAUCAAGCAAGGUUUGACUACUGCGGCGAUUAAAUUAGUAGACGCAAAGUAUCCACAAAAAAUUUUCACUGAUCAAUAUAACGAAACAUCUGACACUUAUCUAGGAGGUAUCUGUGAUAUAGCUAUGAAAAAGUAUUAAAGAGGUGCUGGAUUCACAAUGGGAAGAAUGUGGCUUUGGAAAGAUAUUAAUCCUUAAGACUCUUUUUUUGGAAAUUAGUUUGAAAAAACAUUCUUCAAUGCUUCUGGUACAGGAACUUAAUUGACAUAAACUUGUUCGGGGCUAAUCUAAUGUACUUGGUGUUCUCCAGGCAUUAAUAACGAGACAACUUGCUCUAUAUAAACACCAGAAAAUUAAUAGCUUUAUUUGCUUAACUUAGAUUUUGAUUCAAGCCAGAACGAAUAUUUUAUUGAGGAUAGUAGUGGCAAUUAAAAUCAUUUGAAAAUAAAAUCCUCAGAAAGUCAAAAUUAUAAGCUAUUUCCCUAUAAAAUAGCUUAACAAGGAUAUUACUAUAUUUUUAAAGCAGAAAGUUAUUUUGCAAGAGGUUUUAACUUUAAUUAGAUUCCUCAAUUUACAUUAGAAGUAUGGCUAAGAAAAAUCUCUGAUAGUGUGAUUUACGCAGAUGGAGUUAAUAAUGGAAUAUACCCGUUACAAUUUCUCGAUAAAACAAAUUAAGUUGUUGCAGAUUUUUCUAUUAAGGAAAAGACAAAAAAUGUAGAACUUUGGACAAAUACUUAAGGUACUUUAUCAGGAAAAGUUUUCAAUGAUAUUUUUUAAAACGAUAGAUGGUUCCAAGUUUCAUGGUCAAUAGCUUAAUUUGAGAAAUCCAACUAAAAAUUUAUAUCAGUAAUGACGAGUGUUGAUGGUAAUAAUGCUACUUUAUCCAGUAAGAUUAUAGGAGCUGCAUCAAAUUUCUUCGAUCCAAGUGAUAAUCAAACAUUUAGAAUAGUGAAUCAGGUCUCAGUCAUGUACAAAAGCAUAAAAAUCUAUUAAUCUGCCUUUUGGGGAGAUGAAAUUACUGUGACUAAAUCGAAUUGUUAGCAGAUAAGUGAUAAAUAAGGUAAAUGUAAUUCAUGCUCUUCAGACACAAAGAAAUGUCUCAGUAUUUGCAAGAUGGAUGAAUAAGGACCUGAUUGCAAUAAAUGUCAUCCAUUUUGUGACUCUUGCACUGGACCAAAUAAAGAAGAUUGUAUACUUUGCACUUCAAACAGCUCUCUUAAUGUUGUACUUGACAAAAAUUUUGGAAAUUGCACUUGUAUUAGUGGAUAUUUUUACAAUGAGACAAAUAAAACAUGCUAUUAAUGCCACAGUAAUUGCUUAGCAUGCUAUGGACCAGAUAAAACUCAAUGCUCAAGUUGUAAACCAGAUAAAUUCUUUUUCCCUGAUACUACAUGUCUCAACGAUUGCAACGAUGAGAUAUUAAAGGUAGAAAAAACAAAUUACUUUCCUCUUAUAGUCAGUUCAACUUCUGGUAGUUAAACUAAAAUUUGUACUAAAUGCCAUCCAUAUUGUUCUAUUUGUAGUGGGCCUCUUAAUACUUAGUGUAGUUAGUGCUCGCCAGGGUAUUUUCUUAAAGAUACGAAUUGCUAUGAUGUCUGCCCAGAUGGCUUUUAAGCUAAUAAAACUUCUCUUCAAUGCGAACCAUGUCAUCCUGAUUGCAAAUCAUGUACUGGACCUUCUAAAGAAUAAUGCACUAUUUGUACAGAUAUAACAAAAUAUUAAUAAAAUGGAAAAUGCCAAAGCAUGUGUGACAUUGGCUUCUACAAUGAUACUAGCAAGAAAUGCCUGAAUUGUAAUAAGGCAUGUGCCUAAUGCUCCUCUAAGUUUGCUAGUGAUUGUACUGCUUGCCAACCUGGCUUUUAUCUAGAAUGGCUAGGUAGUUCCUGUAAAAGAACAUGCAAUGAUGGCUAUUACCCAGAUGAUUUGACCAAUCAAUGUCUAAUGUGCCACUAUUCUUGUGAUACAUGCAGCGGAUAUGGACCUGAUAAAUGUGUAAUUUGUGCAGAUGGUUUUAAUAGAAGAGGCUAGUACUGUGUCGAGAAAUGUGCAGACAGUGAGUUUGAGGUUAAUGGUGUUUGCAAAUCCUGUGACUCUAAAUGCUCAACAUGUUAUGGGACACAGGAAACUCAGUGUUAUACUUGCUCUGAAAAUACAGAAACACAAUUAGGAUACUAUUACUUCAGCAAUUCAUGCUUAGUGAAAUGUCCUGAUGGCUAUUAUCCAGAUAACUUUGCAAAAACUUGCAGAAAAUGCAGACCCGAAUGUGCUACCUGUACUUCUGAGAAUUACUGCACUUCUUGCAUUUAUGGUCCUUAUUAAUUGAACAAUGGAGAAUGCACAUUCUUUACAUGUCUAGAUACUUAAUAUAGAGCUAUAAAGCCAUAGCUUUCCUGCUUUUAAUGUGAUGAUUCUUGUUUAACUUGCUAAGGGAUGAGUCAGUUUGAUUGCUUAUCUUGCAAGCCUAGUAGCUAAUUUAUUGGUUAGCAAUGCUUGACAUGCAGUGAACAACCAGGUAUGACAAAUCCAACAGAUGAUACUAUUACUGGUUGUGUUGAGAUCUGCGGUGAUGGUUAUAACUAUGGCUAUAUGUAAUGUGAUGAUGGAAAUCUUCUCAAUGGAGAUGGCUGUUCAUCAGCUUGCACUAUUGAAAAAGGGUUUAAAUGUACUUCAGGAUCAAAAUAUACACCUAGUAUUUGUAUGGAUAACUAAAGUCCUACUCCUAGGAUAACUUUUAUCAGCAGCAAAAACAGUAUUUAUAUUGAAUUUGACGAAGAGGUCAUACUACAAAAUGAAUUGACUACUAAUAAUGUAUAAAUCUAAAUUAGUGGCAGUUCUGGUUAGAUCAAGUUUGAUUGGCUACUAUCUGAUGCCUAUAAAACUACUCAACCUAUCUAAAUUAUAGUAAUAGAACUUAGUAUCUACUAGUCAUUGAAAGGUAGUGAAAAGGAGUAAGUCUCAGUAUUUUUUAAGGACCCUAACAUCUAUAAAGAUGCUACAGGUAAUGGCAUAAUGAACAAACCUUUAUAUGCUUUUCUGAAUAAAUAUGAAUACAUUGAUCCCGAAACAAAAGCCAAACUUGAAUCAGCAGGAAGCACCUCAAUGCUUGCCACUUUAGGAGCAGUUUUAAUAAAUCUGGCAAUAUCUUUGAUAUUUGGUGGAAGCAUUGCUGCAAUGUGGACUAUGGUUAAUACAAUACAAUUAAUUAGCUUAUUCCCUUUAUGCAAUGUCUAAUUCCCUCCAAUAACGCUGCUUAUCUUUGAGAAAAUGCUGGGUUCUCAUGGUGAGUCAACCAUCAUUCCAAAUGUAUUCUAUGAUUAUGGAGUUAAUAGACCUGGAUCUGCGAUAAUUUUGGAGUAAGCGUUGAAUAAGAAAUUUGAUGAGUAUGGCUGGAAGAUCAGUAACUUUUUGUAUCUAAGUGGAAGAAAAAUUCUAAUGUGGACAUUAUUGAUAGUGGCAUACCCUGCAGUGUGGUAUAUGGAUAAAAAAUAUGCUGAUAAGCAUAAGUAUUGUAAGCUUUGGAAAAAGGUUGAGAUUAAAUUUAGAUAUACUUUGCUUUUGAGAGGAGUUAUUAUGUCUUAUGUCUCUAUGUACUUGGCUUUUGUUCUUGGAAUUGUUUAAAUGAAUUUUGAGACAAUGGAAAAUUCUAUUUCAGGCUUUUCAGCAAUUGCUUUUGGAAUCAUAUUAACAUAUCUACCAAUUCAAUAAAUGAAUAUACUGUAGAGAAAUUAUGAAAAGAUUAACACUGAAAAGUUUAUGCUUAGCUAUUCGACUAUUGUUAAGGAAGUGGAUUUAUCUCAUCCGAUUAGAUAUAUGUAUUAUCCUGUAUUUUUGAUAAGAAGAGCUGUUUUCGCAAUAUAAUUGGUCAUAUUAUCAGAAAUGCCAUUUGAAUAGAUUAUUUUUAUGAGUUCAACUGCUUUUGCAAUGAUGAUUUAUGUUAUUAUAGUAAAACCAUAGAAAGAUUAUAUCAUGAUGGUCUUAACUGCUGUUGGCGAAGCUCUGAUACUUUGUCUUCAUUUGAUUUCAAUACUCUUUCUUGAUGAAAAUCUGGAAGAGUCCAAGAAAAAUCUAUACGGUUGGAUUGUUAUAAUCAUGAUAGGAGGGUAUAUACUUGCUAAUUGGACAAUCAUUGCUGUCAUGACUAUUUCAUAGCUAGGCAAACAGUGGAGAGAGUUUAAGAAAAAGAGAUAGUUAAAGAAAAUUAAGGAAUUAGAGGACAAGGAAUACAAGAAAUGGAAAAAGAACAAAAUGGAAUAGAGGAAGGUCAACAAUUAACAAAAGAAAUAGUAAAUGAUAGAAAAGUUUCAUGAAGAAAGAAAUAGAGCAAUAUCAGAUAAAUCUCAAUCCCCUCUCAUGAUGAAUAAAUACCAGUACGAUGAUCAACAUCAAUAAAAUAUUAAGAAGCUUCCUACUUUCGAUUUAGGAAAUAAGCCGUUCGCAACUCCAGCAAAUAGAAAAAGUGCAAUGAGUUUGCUAUACACUAGUAAUUAGCCAGAAUAUGGUAUAAGUUAAAAUGAUGAACCAAUAAGUCCCUUUAAUUAUUCCUCUGCAAAUAAUCACUUCCUCAGUCCUUCGAAACCUGCUAAACUGCCACCACUCAACUAUUAGCCUUUACAGAAUUCUUCAAACUCAAGCAGUCCAUUUGAAAGUAAAAACAUUCCACAAGACAACAUAUCUGAUAUAAAAUCAGAGUAUAAUGAUGUUUCAGAUUAAAAGAAGAGCACUCCUCCUAGCGACGGAGAGCUUCUUGACGGGUCAAGCAAACUAAAUAUUAGAUAGAAAAAGAGAACUGAUUUUUAGGUAGAUAAUGAACUUGUAGAAGAAGAUGAUACUAUCUAAGAUGAAGAGAUAUUUUAAAUUGGUAAAAAACGUAAUAAGAAUAAUAAAUCUGAAUGGUGA